GCAACUCUCAGUUCGGUGGUCGUCAUGUUGCUUAAACUGGGCCCCAACAUGCUUGCGGCUAUCAUCUUUGUGUUAGUGGCAACAAAUACAGCUAGUAAAGCUGAGGAAGUGCAAUGCCGAAGCGGAUGUGGAGGGUAUUCCCCGGUUCCUCAAACGUUUAAAUUCGCGGAGGGUACCACUUAUCAAUACGGCUAUGAAGGCGUUUUGGACGUUUCUUUGUCGAGUAGCAAAGGUCAACAAAGUGAGACGAAGGUCAAAGCGACGGUUCUUUUGACGCAGCAAUCCGAGUGCAAUCAAAUCCUUCGAAUUCAAGGACUUCAAAUCCUCGGGGAUUCCAAGAAAUUUGGAUCUCUCUCCGACAUAGAAAAGCCUGUAAGAUUAAAUUUCCAUGAUGGGCACUUAGAAGACAUCAUCUGUGUAGAAAAUGGGGACUCCCAAAACUCCCUCAACGUCAAGCGAGCCAUCGCCUCAAUGUUCCAAGCGGCGCUAAAGCACCACAACACCGAAAUCGACAUCUUCGGAAGCUGCCCGACCGAGUUUUCGUCCCACAAAGACGGCCAAACCCUCGUCAUCAAAAAAGCUCGCAACCUCAACAAAUGCUCCCACCGCGAAUCGAUCGGACAAGACUACAUGAGUCUCACUUACGACUUAACCAGCGAUUUAAAAACGUCGCCCCUCCUCCAAGGAAGUUACAACGCCGAGAUGAAGAUUAAGGGAGGAAUUUUGGACACGUCCGUUGUCCACGAGGAUUACCUCUACGUUCCAUUCUCCGUCGGGGAAGAAGGCGCGAAAGUCAACGUCCACAGCAAAUUAACCUUCGAAAAACAAACUAAGGAAGUCCCGAAAUAUUCUUGCGCAACCCCCAAAUCAAUCAUUUUCGAAAAUCCGCACCCCACAGUUUCAGAAAAAAGCAUCUCAAAGGCUUUAAUGGAUUCGGUUAAAAGCGCAGCCAACGACAUCGAUUUAACCCUCAAAGAAAAUUCGGCUGAGAAGUUCUCGAAAAUUGUUAUGUUGAUGAGGAAAUCGAAAAAAACCGAGUUAAUAGGAAUUUAUGGCCAAGUUAGAAGCGGGGCGGGAUUCAAGAACCAACAAGUAGCAAGGAGGGUCUUUAUGGAUGCUUUAUUCCGAGCCGGAACCGGGGAAUGUUUCGAAGCUGUCAUGGAAAUGUACAAAAACAACGAAUUAACCGAGUUAGAAACAAAACUCUUCUUUUUAAGAUUAUCCUUCGUUAAACACCCGACUUUAGGAUCAAUUAAAGGCGCCACCGAUUUAUUAAACAAACCCGAUUUACCAAGAGAAGCCACAAUUGGAUUAGGAAACUUAAUUGGGAAAUAUUGCCAACAACAUCCAUGCGAUAACAUCCCAAUUUUAACCGACUUCCUCAACAAACUCCUCACAAAAUUAACCAAACCAACAAAAUCAACCGAAGACCAAGUUUUAGCCGCCCUUAAAGCCGUUUUAAAUUCCCGCAAAACAACCCCAGGGAUUGAAGCGAAAUUAGUCGAGCUCGCCCAAGAUAAAUCGGGACCUUUAAGAAUCCGCUCCGCGGCUUUAGAAGCUUUCAAAGCGAACUCUUGCAGCGAAAAACUCCGAGAUGGCGCUUUAAACAUCUUAAACGACAUCACCCAUGACUCCGAAUUAAGAAUUGAAGCUUAUUUAUCCCUCGUUGAGUGUCCUAAUGGAAAAGUGGCGAGUGCCAUCAAAAAUUUAUUGGAGAAAGAGGAAAGUUAUCAAGUCGGGGGAUUCAUCGUGUCUCAUUUAAGAACUUUAAGAACAUCAACUAAUCCAGAUAAAGCUUUGGCGAAAUCACAAUUAGAAAAUAUAAGGACAACCAAGAAAUUCCCGGUGGAUUGGUUUAAAUAUUCGAGAAAUAUCGAAGUUUCAAAUCGAUGGGAUUCGGUCGGAUUGGGGGGAUCCAUGGAGGCCAAUUUGAUUUAUUCGCCGAAAUCGUUCAUCCCGACCGCGACUCAUUUAAAUUUAACGACUCAACUUUUCGGGCAUACCUUUAAUUUCUUGGAGAUUGAUACGAGACAGGAAAAUCUUGAUGAGAUUAUGGAGCAUUAUUUGGGGCCGUUGGGCGCUUUGAGGAAGGAGAGUCCGAAUAAUUUGUUUAAACAUGGACAAGGAACGUUUAAAAAGAUUGCUGAGAAGAUCUCCGAAAGGGUUAAUAAAAAUAUUGUAAAACGCGAAGCAUCCAAACAACAACUCGAAACUUUCGGAAAAUCAAUCAACCGCAAAGAAAACGAACUCAACAAAGAUUUAGAACUCGAUUUGAGCAUAAAAAUGUUCGGCUCGGAAGCGCUCUUCCUCAGCAUCUCCGAAGACAUCACCAAAUACACCCCAGAAGCUCUCGUUGACAAAAUCUUCGACAAAAUCGACAUCGCCGUCAAUAAAUUAAAAGGAUUCGAUGAGAACCUCAACACGAACAUGAUCUUUUUGGACACCGACAUCUCUUAUCCAACUUCGAUUGGUUUUCCUUUGAAAUUAUCCGUUGAGGGAGUCUCAAGCAUGCAUUUAAAAACGAGUGGUAAACUCGAAUUGGGGACACUUUUAGGAAGAGGCGAUGGGGAUUAUAAAUUAUCUUUGAUCCCAAGCGUCAACAUCCAAAUCACCUCGAAGAUGGUCGUCGAAACCCCCGUUGUGACACGCGGGUUGAAGUUAAACGGGAAUUUGUUCACUGCAACUGGACUUAACAUCGAUUUGUUUAUAUCCCCGAAUAAUAUUGAUUUGAAAUAUUCCCUUCCUGUUAAUAAGCAAGAUAUAAUUACGGCUACUCACGAGAUUGUGUUUGAAUCAAUUGAGGUUGAUGGGACUUCUGUUAAAACGGCGUUGAAGCAACCCCAAGCGAAAGAUGUCACGGUGUGUUUAGAUCAAUUAAAUCCUUAUUUAGGGGUUGUUUUAUGCGCGCAUCUUAACCAGCCUAACAUAGUAAACGAUAAAGUCGUUUUGCCUUAUCCUUUAAACGGAAAUUCUAAGCUGUCGAUUAUCAUGGAGAACUCCGAUUUGGGGAUGAUUCAUUUUACAGCUAAGAAAUUUGAUGGAGUUGAAAAUGGGGUGCCUAAAACGGGGGUUGAGUUAGAAACGAAAGCCUUGUGUAAGCAGAACAAAUUAAAAUCGGCUUUAAAAACCGAAAUCUUCAUUCGCCCCGAAAUGUAUUUCUUAACAACAUUCACUUCAGAUAAGAAAAAAGCCUCUGCGGAGUUCAGAGCUGUUAUAACACAAAGUGAGAAUUCAAUUUUCGCGCGGGCUAAAAUCGAUGAGAUCGAGUAUUACGCAAAAAUUGGGGGAUCAAUCUCUGGAGCGCCUCCAAGAGAAAUUUAUAAACCCAUCAUGGAGUACAAAGCAGGAACAGGAAGCGUACAAAAAAGUCCUUACCGAAUUGAAGGCCAAAUAAUCAAAGAAACAUCCGGCGAAACCAGCAAAUACAUCUUCGAUAACCUCCAAGUAAUCGGCGCCCCAAAACUAAUUAAAAUCACCGGGAACAUCGCAAAAUCCCCAUAUUCAUUAGAAGGCGACGUUUCAUUAAGCGACGGCGAGAAAAACGCCCAAUUAAAAGGAAAAGCCCACUACAAAGACCAACAAUUAAACUUAAACGCAAUGGUUAAAACAAAUUUCAAUCCAAACGCAAACUUCGACAUCACCUAUUUCUUAAAAACCGGCGAAAACACCAUCGAUUCGAAAUUCCAAUUCCAACACGGCGAUUUAACCAAAAAAGAAAACAUUUUUAAACUCAACAACAUGUUUAAACGAGACAACGCCAAAGAACUAAUCCCAUUUUCGACUAAAAACUCGAUGAGUUACCCCAAAUUUGGAAUUGAUAACGAAUUCGAUUUAACGCUAACCGAAAAAACCAUCAAAAUGAACGUUGAAUUAGGGUAUCAAAAAAUUAAAGUUAAAACUGAGUUGGAUGCUAAAGUUAAUCAGAAGAAUUUUGGCGAUUACGACAUCGAAUUCGAAUUUAACGGAUUUGAUAAUAAAGUUGAGUUGGAUUUGGUUAGGGCCGUUGAUAGGACUAAAUCGAAAUUGAAAAAUACUCUCGAGAUUAAUGGAAAAUCGAUCAAGUUAAACGGGGAUGUUACGCAUAACUUUGAAACUAAUAAAAUCGAUUUCGUGACGGAUUUGAAUCUAAAAAUUGUUGGAUUUAUGAAGGUUAAUUCCGAUUUAAAGUAAGUAAUAAUCAAUUAA